GAGAGGCAGGCUCCUGCGGGACCCGAUGCGGGACUCGAGCCCAGGAUGCGGGGAUCACACCCCGAGCGGACGCUCAGCCACGGAGCCACCCGGGCGACCCGAGGCUGCUGCGCAGUAAGGCGGCGGCGACGCCCAGCAGCGGGACGCGUUCCUGGUGGGGGGCCUGACUACAUGCCCAGCCGCCUCGGGGAGGCGAGCCGACCGCUGACCCCACCCUGGCCUCAGUUUCCCCGCCCACACCUCGCCUCCGCCCUUCCGCAUUCCAAACUCCCCACCCACACGGGCAUCGGGCGGAAACCACAACUCCCAACAGGCCCCGCGGCCGAAACCCCGCGAGAACUGCCGAGGCGAGAGUGGGCGGUCCCGUCCGCUCGGCUCUGGCUCCGCCCACCGCCGCUCGCAGAAGGCCCGGGCUGCCCUCGGCGCUGCCGCCCGCGAAGGUCUCUGGAGUCCGGCGUUCGCUGCGGGCAGCCCCGCGCAGGGCGGCCGGGGGGCUUGGCCAGGGCUCGGCGCAGGCGCAGUGAGCGCGGGCCCCCGCCGCGGGCUCAGGCGCGCGGGUUGCGAGCGGCGGCCGCCAUGGACGACGAGGAGGAGACGUACCGGCUGUGGAAGAUCCGCAAGACCAUCAUGCAGCUGUGCCACGACCGCGGCUACCUGGUGACGCAGGAUGAGCUGGACCAGACGCUGGAAGAGUUCAAGGCCCAGUUUGGGGACAAGCCGAGCGAGGGGCGGCCCCGGCGCACGGACCUCACGGUGCUGGUGGCCCACAACGACGACCCCACCGACCAGAUGUUUGUCUUCUUUCCAGAGGAGCCUAAAGUGGGAAUCAAGACCAUCAAGGUGUAUUGCCAGCGGAUGCAGGAGGAGAACAUCACCCGGGCCCUCAUCGUGGUGCAGCAGGGCAUGACCCCCUCCGCCAAGCAGUCCCUGGUUGACAUGGCCCCCAAGUACAUCCUGGAGCAGUUUCUGCAGCAGGAGCUACUCAUCAACAUCACGGAGCACGAGCUGGUCCCAGAGCACGUCGUCAUGACCAAGGAAGAGGUGACAGAGCUGCUGGCCCGAUACAAACUCCGAGAGAACCAGCUGCCCAGGAUCCAGGCAGGAGACCCCGUGGCACGCUACUUUGGGAUAAAGCGAGGGCAGGUGGUAAAGAUCAUCCGGCCCAGUGAGACCGCGGGCAGGUACAUAACCUACCGGCUGGUGCAGUAGCACCUGGCUCAGUCGUCUGUCACCUUCCGGGGGGGCGCGGAAGUGGCCCCACUUCGCACUCGGCUGGUCUCGGCUCACAGCACAGACGUGACGCCUGGUUGUGCCGCUCCCGCCCGCCCGGCAGCCCAGAGACCAAUGGGGGCUGUGGCCACCGUCCCCACACUGCGCGCCGGGUGGCUGGCCUGCCCUGUGGGAGCCACGGCCCUCAGGAACCUCACUGCUGCUUCUGGGUGCUGAGCCCUCGCUGGACCUGGCACAAGCUGCCUCCGGGGGAGGGACGGGAGGCCACAGGGAGGCCCGCAGGCGGCCGGUGACAGCAGUCCUGGGUCAGGUUUCUGGCCGCCCGGCACUGUGCUGUCACCGUGCCCCGUGGGUGGCCCUGAGGCCUCUGUCUGUGAGCACAGCCCAGCAGCAGGGAGCCAGUCGCUGUUUGAUGUUGGGCGUUUUUAAAAAUUAAAGGUGUUUGAGUAAACAAA